AUGGAAGAGCCCCCCGCCACCGUGACUCCUCCCUCGCGGCGGUCGGAAGCCCGCCUCCUCCGGAGCAGACCUCCGCCUUGUCUCUCCCUGGCUUUUGACGAGGACUCCGGCGAGGAUGAUAACCCUCCCGCCGCCCCGCCGGCGGCGGCGGCGGCGACGGUCAAGUCUCCUCUCCUCCCCUCUCCUCUCCAUCUCGCCGCCGCGCAGGAGCGCCUCCUCCUGCUGUCACAUUCUCCGGUCCGGCGGCGUAAAUCCCUCGCUCUGGUUCAAGGGGAGACCAUUGAUUCCCCAUCGGUGAAGCCCCGGAGGAGGUCCAAGAACAGGGCCGCCGCCGCCGCAACGGCCACCGCCGUCGCAAGCAUGGUCCUAAUGGGCUGUGCUUCCCCGAGGAAUACUCGCAGGGCCCGACGGCGGCUGGAGAAAGAGAUAGUAAGCAGGGAGGAACGACCGUCGGAGAUUUUCGAGCACGAAGCUGUGAAAGUUAGGAAGAGGAGGCAGACCAAGCUUGGGACCUCUCGCGAGGAGAAGCCGAGUUUGGCCCCGCGUGAGCCUCCUCCCAGUCCUUCCCCAGGUUGGUUCUCUAUCUGUUUCUCUCCAUCUUUUACCCAUUUUUAUCUGAAUAAAUCGUUGCUCUGAAAUGUUUGCUUCGGAGCUCAGGUGAUGUUGAGGACACCAUCGGCCAUGUUGUCCUCGACGGCCUCAAGGAGACGAUUUCGGAGCUGGUCAUGUGGAAGAAUUUUGCCAAAUCCAGCCUCUGGUUCGGCCUGGGGACGCUCUGCUUCGCAUCUUCUUGUUUUUCCAGAGAUUUCAACUUCUGGUAUGAAGAUUAUUUCAUCAUCCCGCCGCCAUGAUUGGUCCAGACGAAUCCCUGAGCUAUCCUCUUUUUCAGCGUUGUCUCUGCGGUCUCGCACCUGAGCCUGGUUCUUCUCGCCGUGGCGUUCAUCCGUGAUUCGGUUCCUCGGAGGUAUUCUUCCGCCGACCCCCGCUCCUCUCGGCUGCUGAUGGCCUCUGGAGCUGACCGCUCGAGUUCCAGGAACGAGGAGAAGGCGAGACGGAUCCUCAGGGUCAAAGAAGAAGACAUCUUACGGGCCACCCGCCUGGUUUUGCCGGUGAUUAACGCUGUUAUCGCGACCAUUCAAGACAUCUUCUCCGGAGAGCCGACCAUGACUCUCAGGGUAGAAAGUUCCCGUUUCCUUUCGUGUUCCUCCCGCCGCUUCCUCCUCCAUGAAAUUUGAUCCCGAGCUCGGUCUUCUCUGCAGGUAGCGCCAGUUCUUCUCUUCACAGCCAAGUACGGGCACUGCAUAACUCUGUGGAGGCUCCUGGCUGCGGGGUUCUUCAUCGGCUUCACUGUGCCCAAGCUCUACUUCACCUACACCACCCAGAUUCAUAGACACGGUGAGACAACAAGCCAUCAUCUCUGAAACUUGCUGGGCAUCAGAUCAUCAUCUGUCAGACCCUGAUAAGCAUCUAUCAGCUGCGAGUAUAGGAAACUGUGUCCUGGAGGGAUGGGAGGCUUGCCGACGCAAGAGAGUCCUCGGAGUCUCCGCAGCCAUGACCCUCUGGAAUCUGCUCAGCGUGAAGACUCGCGUAAUUGCUGGUUCGUCCCAUCUCCGACUUCGAUCGAUGCCUCAUUCGUUGACAACACCGCGUUGAAUUAGAUCGACGCCUCCUCUCUCUCUCUUCUUCUCCCGCAGCCUUUGCUUGCCUGGUAGUGCUCCGCUACCACCGUCAGAGGCUUCUAUCAGAGAAGGAGGAGGAGGAGGAGGGUCUGGCUGGAGGAGGAGAAAUCGUUCCAGAGCAGCAAGAAGACGAGGAAGGGAAGAAGCCGGAGCAGGACGCCGGCGACGCUACGCAGCGACGGGCAUUGGCCGGCGCCGGCGACGGCGACGAAGACGUCGCAGCGAAGUAG